AUGGAGGUGGAACAGUGGGCAGGGUUAGGGUCAGCCUUAGCGAGUUUCAUGUUGUUAGGCGCCAUGGUGCGCCAAUACUUCCCCUACCAACUCCAGUACUACCUCACCGUCUACACCCACAAGCUCUUCUCCUACUUCUACCCUUACAUCCAACUCACCAUCCCCGAAUACUCCGGCGGCGGCAUGGCCCGCAGCGACGCCUACGCGGCCGUCGAGUCCUACCUCGCCGACUCCCCCUCCGUGCUGCGCCGCGCCCGCAGGCUGAGGGCGGACGUCGGCCGCGGCAGCAAGAAGCUCCUGAUCACGGUGGACGAGGACGAGGAGGUGGCCGACGAGCUCGCGGGGGGCGCCAGGGUGUGGUGGCUCUCGUCGAGGGAGCUGCCGGCCUCGCAGACGAUCACGUGGAACGCGGCGCAGGCGACGCGGCGGUACUACCAGCUGAGCUUCCACCGGCGGCACCGCGAGCUCGUGGUCGGGUCGUACCUCCCGCGCGUCGUCGAGGAGGGCCGCGCCGCCGCCAUCAAGAACCGGCAGCGCCGGCUCUUCACGAACGGCGAUGGCUGGAACGAUGACGGUUUGGCGUGGAGCCACGUGCCGUUCGAGCACCCGUCAACGUUCGAGACGCUGGCGAUGGACCCGGUCAAGAAGCAGGAGAUCGUCGACGACCUCACUCAUUUCCGGGACGGCAAGGAGUACUACGCUCAAAUCGGCAAGGCGUGGAAGCGCGGGUACCUCCUCCACGGCCCGCCGGGGACGGGCAAGUCGAGCAUGAUCGCCGCGAUGGCGAACCUCCUCGACUACGACGUCUACGACCUCGAGCUCACCACCGUGGAGGACAACACCGAGCUGCGCAGGCUCUUCAUCGAGACCACCAGCAAGUCCAUCAUCGUAAUCGAGGACAUCGACUGCUCGCUCGACCUCACCGGCAAGCGAAGCAAGCGCGGAAAGAAAGACAGUGCGGAAGUCGAAUCGGAGGACAAAAAGAAUGCGCCGCCGCCGCCAGAAAAGGAUGAAAAGGAAGAGGACAGUAAGGUGACGUUGUCGGGGCUUCUGAACUUCAUCGACGGGCUAUGGUCGGCGUGCGGCGGGGAGAGGAUCAUCGUGUUCACGACGAACCACGUGGAGAAGAUCGACCCGGCGCUGAUACGGCGGGGGAGGAUGGACAAGCACAUCGAGAUGUCGUACUGCGGGUUCGAGGCGUUCAAGGUGCUAGCCAAGAACUACCUCCGCAUCUACGGCCAUCGCCGUUUCGACGAAGUUCGGCGGCUGCUGGAGGAGGUUAGAAUGUCGCCUGCCGACGUGGCAGAGAAUCUGAUGCCUAAGUCGGCCGGCGAAGGCGCAGACGCGUGUCUCGAGAGGCUGAUCGAGGACAAGAAGAAGAGCAAGAGCUUGUUCUAUUCCUCUCUCUUCCGGCAGCAGCUACAGCAAUUGCAUGGAGACGAGAAGGACGAGGCGGCAGCAGCAGCAGCAGCAGCUGCAGCGUCGGCGACGGUGGCGGCCAGUAGUGAAGAUGAGACUGUAGAGAGCAACUGA